UGUUUGACACUUCAAGCAAAAUGAUCUACAAAAUUACGAUUUUCCUCACAACCUUAACCUUCGUAUUUGCCGAAUACGACUACGGGCAUGCGGUAUCCUCCCAGUCCAUUAUCCGCCAAGAUGGCUACGCUCCUAUCGGCCACUUGGUGGCACCAUCUCACUACGCUGCUCCCCUGGUACACGCAUCACCGCUCGCUCACUACGCCGCUCCUAUUCCUUAUGGAUACGCCGGAUAUGAAGACGGUCAUCUUCAUGAUCACGAAGAUGAUAGUCAUGACGCCCAUGCAUACCCCAAGUAUGCCUUCGAGUACUCGGUAUCGGAUCCCCACACUGGAGACUUGAAGACUCAGCAUGAGAGCCGGGACGGCGACGUCGUCCACGGGUACUACUCGUUAGUGCAGCCGGAUGGGUCUGUCCGCAAAGUGGAGUACACCGCUGAUGAUCACAAUGGAUUCAACGCCGUUGUGCUCAACUCUGCUCCGACCCUCCACCUUGAGCCGGAGCAUCAUCACGAUUACUAAUAUAUAUAUACUCAAAUACCUCUGAAUCAAAGCG